AUGAGCGCGGACGACUUGGCGUCGCUGCCACCCACGGCUCCGGGAGGGGGCGACUUCGGCGUAGCUCUGAACAACAGGACCGACACCAUCGAUGAGUCCACCAUCGGGGGGCCUUCCCGGCUAAAACUCAAAGUGCGCCCGGCGCCGCCGCAGUACCCCUACGCCGACACCUACUUUACGUUCGAGGUUUACGUCGUCGAUCAGCACGAAAGCCUCCAGAGGGGUGAGGACCUACCGCUCAAGGUCACCCUGUCGCACUACGUCUCCGCCACCGCCGCCGCGCCAGGAGUGCUUGUCAUGGAUCCGGUUGCUCCUAAGAUCUCCAACGGCGCCGGCAAGUGCUCUAUCCGGAUGAAGAUCACGGACGACAAGACGACCAUGGAGCGCCGCAGGUUCCGCAUCAAGGUUGAGGCGGUUGGCAGGGCUGACAUCGAGGCCGCCCUCACGGACAAGCUGACGGUCAUCCGUAACCGCCUCGAGAUUCUGGAAAACCCAGGCAACCCGGUCCCGGACCAGUGGUACAAGGACGAAGGGGGGCGCGAGAACUGCGUCGAGCUGCAGGUACACCUGCUCGGGCCGUCCGGCGAGGAGGUGAAGAGCCGCCGGGUGCCCCUGAGGCUGGUGCUCAUGUACGACAACAUGCACCGGGUGCAGAACCAGGAGAUCCUCAAGCUCUCUCCGGACAGCAAGCUGGUCAUCGACGAGCACGGCAAGGCUACCCUCCGCGUCCGCAUCGAGGAGGCGUUCCGCAUCAAGGUCGAGCCGGACGUGCAAGAGCAGCCGCUGUCCAUGGACAUCAGCUCGGUGGUGAGCAAGCCCAUCACGGUCUUGUCGAAGCGGAUCAACAAGCCAGGGACGAGGGCGAAGCGGUCACCGGGGGGAGGCGCCGGGAGCAAGCGCGGCGCGGCCGCCGACCCCGGCUACGUGGCGAGCAUCAGCCGCGCCGACCAGUCUUCCCUGGAGCGGAGGGUGAACUUCAGCGAGCUCAUCAGCCCGAGCACGGGCCCCGUGGACACGACCAACGUUUCUUUGUACGAGGCGCUCAAGAGCGUCAUCGAGUGGACCGGCCAGGUGGUGAAUGGCCUGCAGGCCGUCCAGUGGCAGCUGCUGGGUUACGAGAGCAAGCCGGACGGGCAGCCGGACCACGAGCGACCCCUCUACAGCAUGAGCAACCCCAACCCCGUGGUGAACAGCAUCGUCAGGCGCUACGCCACCGACACUAUGGCCAACCUUCACGUCCUCCUAAAACGAAUCGAGGCCGGAAACUUCGACGACCCGGUUCCAGGCGCUGGUGGCGCCGGCGGCGGGGGUGGCGCCGCAGGCCCCCAAGGCCAUUCUCCAAACCCCGGACCCCCCGUGCCUGGGUUGAACGGCUGGCCUUG